AGGAGGUAGGAAGUUGAGCAAUCGCCGAAGCAUCCCAACAAAGAGAGUCCCGAGUCUCUUGCGACACGACCUUUAACUUCCCCCCGACCUGAUCUACAUGAUCCGAGCUGCUCGGCUUCUCUUCAUCGGCCGCUUGUUCUGGACCUGGACGCCGGCCCUCAAGCUCCGUUGAUACCAGAUAGUUCACAGCUCCCGCCAUCAUCAUGUCGCAAGUCCACGCAUUGUCCGACGACCAGGUCGGACAAGAGCUCCGCAAGAUGACGGCUUUCAUCAAGCAGGAGGCGACGGAGAAGGCGCGCGAGAUUGAGAUCAAAGCCAACGAGGAGUUCGCCAUCGAGAAGUCGCGGCUCGUGCAGCAGGAGACGGACGCCAUCGACGGCAGCUACGAGAAGAAGUUCAAGCAGGCGACCAUGUCGCAGCAGAUCACGCGCUCGACCGUGGCCAACAAGACGCGCCUCCGCGUCCUCGCCGCCCGCCAGGCCCUGCUCGAGGACAUCUUCGACGCCGCCGAGGCCCAGCUCGGCGACGCCGUCAAGGACAAGCGCCGCCACCGCUCCGUCCUCGCCGCCCUCGUCCUCGAGGCCGCAUACGCCAUGGACGAGCCCGCCAUCCUGGUCCGCGCCCGGAAGCAGGACUACGACGUCGUGCGCAAGGCCAUCGACGAAGCGACCAAGGAAUAUAGCAAGGCGCUGGGCAGGGACCUCAGUGCCACCAUUGACGAGGACAACCCCUUGCCCGAGGGAUGCCCUGGAGGAGUGUCGAUUGUCGGGGGUGGAGGCAAGAUUGAGAUCGACAACACAUUCGAAGCUCGGAUGCGGCUCCUGAAGGACAGCGCCCUACCCGCGGUUCGAGAGUCCCUGUUCGGCAAGAACCCGAACCGCAGAUUUUACGACUGAAUGUUGCGUUUCCUUCUCACGGCUUCGUAGAUUCGGGCCAAUGAUAUGUUCAUCAUCAGCAUGGGUUGGACUGGCUGCUGGGAGUGUGCCUUGAUUCUGGUGCAUUUGCGAUAACCGCCCGCUUGAAUUGGGUGCGUCAUUUUAGAAUUUGUAUGUUAUAUGUUGCCACACACGGUAAUGAAGUCUUCC